GCAGUAUGUCACAUGCAGAGCUCAGAUGUGCACAGAAGCUAACAGGAACUACCCGUUCCCUGGAUACAUCGACAUCAGCUCUUUGGUGGUUCAAGAUGACUACAUAUUCAUACAGGUUCCUACAUCAGGACGAGCUACCUAUUAUGUGUCCUACAAGAGAGACUCGUUUAUACAAACCAAACUACCCAAAUACUCCCUGCCCAAGGAUUUACACAUUGUCAGCACUGAUGAGAAGCAGGUAUUUGCGGCAGUGCAGGAGUGGAACCAGAAUGACACCUAUAACCUCUACCUGUCUGACACCAAAGGGAUCUACUUCACCUUGGCCAUGGAAAAUGUCAAGACCACUAGGGGCAUUGGAGGGAACCAGAUGCUGGACCUGUACGAGGUGGCAGGAAUUAAAGGCAUGCUGAUUGCUAACAAGAGGCAAGACAACCAGGUCAAGACUUACAUCACCUACAAUAAAGGCCGGGACUGGAGGCUCCUGCAGGCUCCUGCUACUGACCUGGAUGGAAAUGACAUUCACUGCAUACUGCCUUUCUGUUCACUCCAUCUCCAACUGCAAAUGUCAGAGAACCCAUACUUGUCAGGAACAAUCUCGACUAAGAGCUCUGCACCAGGGAUCAUAGUUGCCACAGGAAACAUCGGAGCAGAGCUGUCUUAUAACAACGUUGGCAUGUUCACAUCAUCUGAUGCUGGCAAUAGCUGGAGACAGAUUUUUGAAGAGGAGCACAAUGUGUGGUUUCUGGACAAAGGUGGGGCCCUUGUCGCUGUGAAACAGCCAUCUGUGCCAACCAGGCACUUGUGGGUCAGCUUUGACGAGGGGAGGCAGUGGAACCAACACAGUUUCUCCUCUGUGCCUCUGUUCGUGGAUGGAGUCUUGGUGGAGGCCGGGGCCGAAAACCAAAUAAUGACCUUCUUUGGGCACUUCAGCCACCGUUCGGAAUGGCAGCUCAUCAAGAUAGACUACAAGUCAAUCUAUGGCAGGAAAUGCACAGAGGAAGACUAUCAAACCUGGCACCUACACAACCAGGGUGAGCCGUGCGUGAUGGGACAAAAACAAAUUUACAUGAAGCGCAGGCCUGGAAACUACUGCAUGCUGGGAAACGACUACUCCAGAAUCCUCUCAGCGGAGUCCUGUAUUUGUCGAGCUCAUGAUUUUGAAUGUGACUAUGGAUAUGAACGCAGCGGCGACGGGAACUGCCUGCCUGCCUUCUGGUUCAAUCCCUCCAGUGUCUCCGGAAGCUGCAGUCAAGGUCAAAACUACCUCAACAGCACAGGGUACCGUAAAGUGGUGUUGAACAACUGCACUAAAGGAGUUAAAGAAAUGUACACGGCCAGAAAGCAGCAGUGUCCCAACAGGCCCCCUAAAGGACUCCUGCUGACUGCCAAAGAUGGCAAACUCACUGCCAACCUGGGCAGCAACGUUACCUUUCUGGUGCAUCUGGAUGAGGGUGACUCUAUGCGGACCAACAUCCAGCUGGAUUUUGGUGACGGCACAGCCGUGUCUUACUCCAACCUGAGCUGGACUGAGGAGGGGAUCAAACAUGUCUAUAAGUCUGCUGGAAUAUUUCGUGUCACAGCGCUGGCAGAGAACACGCUGGGUUAUGACACCACGACACUCUUCCUGCAUGUCACAUGUCCAGUGGAGCAUGUCCAGCUUCUCGCUCCCUUCGUAGUCAUAAGGAACAAGGAGGUGAACAUCACAGCAGUGGUCUUACCCAGCCACUCACGUACUGUCACUUACUUCUGGUGGCUGGGAAACAAUACUGAGCCAGUGAUAACGCUGGACGGGAGUAUCUCAUACACCUUCCCCAACGAAGGAAUGCACACCAUCACAGUCCAAGUGGCUGCAGCCAACACCAUACUGCAGGAUACCAAGACCAUAGCAGUCAAAGAAUUCUUCAAAUCUCUACUUUUAUCGUUCUCGCCUAAUCUGGACGAGUUCAACCCCGACAUACCCGAGUGGAGACAGGAUGUGGGGAGAAUAAUUAAAAAGGCUCUGCUGCAAGUGUCUGACUUCCCGGAGGAGCAGCUCUUGGUAGCCGUGUUCCCAGGAGUUCCAACAGCUGCUGAGCUCUUCCUGUUACCUUACAAGAACCAAUCAGAGGGCAAGAAAAAGAGUGAGGAGGAGCUAGAACAGGUAUCUGACAUCAUUGUAAGUGCGCUGAACCAAAAUUUGGUGGAGUUUGAGCUCAAGCCUGGUGUAAGAGUGAUCGUGUACAACACACAGUUAACACUGGCACCCUUGGUGGAUUCCAACCCCAGACACAGCAGCUCAGCCAUGCUGAUGCUCCUAUCAGUGGUGUUCCUGGGCCUAGCUGUGUUCCUCAUCUACAAAUUCAAGAGAAAAAUACCUUGGAUCAACAUAUAUGCUGAGGUAAACCAGGAGAAAGAGCAGGAGAUGAUUGGCUCUGUGGGCCAGGGGGACAGCACACCUAAAAUCACUCUGAGUGAGUUCUCAACUUCCAAAGAACUCAUGGAGAAAGAACUGGAUGCCAGGGUCAAAAGGGGAGUUGGAAAAACCUGCGAGAGCACAAGGGAGAUUCCAAACUGUACUAGCGUGUAAAGCCGGAGAGCAACAGUUUAUGUACAGAGUGAAGUAUUGCAGUGUCGGAGGUUUUCUUUUUCUGUUUUGUAAUUCUCCACAGAACUGAUGUUAAUAGUUUUCUAAGGGACCUCAUUUAUACAGACUUGCACGGAUGCCUCGUUCAACAACAUCCACGCAGCAAAUGUCAAUUUACUCAAUGAGAUCAUUGUAAUUACUGACAAAACGUGUUCAGUUUUGUGGAUGUAUAAGCUACAUAUCGAUAUUCAUUUGCGGAGUGAAAUAUCUUUCGUCAAAACCUAUGAAGAGUUAUGUAAAAAGGAGUUUGCUUUGAAAUUCAUUCUGCCUAUAAAUAGACUAUAAUGUCUGAGUCUUCAAUCAAACAGGGAAUAUUAUUGAAAUGUACAAAAUCAUCUGUUUUGUCAAAUGUAUAUAUUAUUACUUUCUAUAUGCUCGUAGUCUGAGUACCAUGGCGACGACAGAAGAUCUGACAAUGGUCUGUUUUUGAGUGUGUUAAAAAGUCAAACAUUACUUAAAGAAAUCAACUUUGUUUUGCUAAUGUCCUUGACUUGUGCAUGUUCUUAUUGAGGACACAAUUUCUGUGUUGUAGAUAAGCAAGUGUUCUGUCCUCUGUAAAUAGUUAUUUUCUAAUCAUUCAUCAAAAAAGCCCAAUCGAUUUUGCCCAGACUGUUUUGCUUUCAUUUUCUGCAGUUACUGUUGGGCGAUAUGUAUCUAGCAGAAAAAGUUUAACUGUUAAUGCUGGAAGAACUGUAUUGGCACAUUGGAGUUUACACUUCUCUCGAUUCCCUGGAAAUGAAAUGAAAAGGAUCAACAGAAAUAUGUUAAAUAAAUGAAAUAUGUUUAUAUUCCCAUUAGAUAUACAAAAUAGAUGUUCAGAAAUUGCAAUGCAACAUAAAACAACAUUGCAUUACAUUCUGUUUCUAAGACAAUGACUUAUAUUUCUGACGUAGCUUCAGAACAAAAGCAGAAUCAGUUAAUAUAUUGUGGCUAUUAGUGAUCAAAUUCACAAUUUUCACAUGAUAUUAUGUUUACAUCCUCUAAAACACCAGUAGGCCUAGGGUUGGGUUCACAUUUUGGAUUCCAUUCCUGUUUGGCAAAAUACCCAAAUAUGAGAAGCUCUGAUGCUAAUGUAUCUCCUGUUAAACCUUUUUAUCCUUGAUCCCUCUUUUCGGCCAUGAUAGCAGCACGGCUCUGUGAAUGGAGAAGUUGGUCAGUCAGUCCAUCAGACCACUGACAAUACUGUAUUGAAAUUUAAAUUUUGUCCAGACAUUCAUGGUGCCCUAAGAUGGUGAACAUGGUAACAUUGUACCUGCUAAAGAUUAGGAUGUUAAAAUUAUAAUUGUGACCAUGUUAGCACGAUACCCUUAGCAUUUAGUUGAAAGCGCCACUGUGCUAAGCACAACCUCACAGAGCUGCUAGAAUAGCUGUAGACUCUUAGAUUUGUUCUUGUUUAUUAUCUUGCAAAAAAAAAAAAAAAACAUUAGCAGACUUCUUAUCUUCAGCUCUCACUGGCCACUGCUUUCAUCAGUGGAAAUGACAAAACAUCACUGGCUGCAGAUUAUAUCUGCUGAAGCUUAUUAAUGUUAAAUACAUAAGUAACUCAGCGCCAGGCUGUAACACCACUUUACAAUUGUGAGUUGACGUGUGUUUUUGUAGUUCAACGAGACGAGAAGAGUGGUGACUGUUUUCUACUGAAACAAUAUCUGUAUUUUAAGCUUGUUAACUUAAUAAUUAAGAAUUGGGACCUAUUAUUUCAAGUAGCUUGUAAAAAGUAAGGUGUGUAAAGAAAGUAUAUUACACCCAUUAUUUCAAUGUGUUCCAUUUUUAUCAACACUUCAUAUCUUCUGCUGCUCAUCUCAUUUUCAGGUCACUGCAGGUUGUGAGCAUUAAAGGUGGGGUAUGCGACAUGUGUUUUUGUCAAGUUCAGCGAAUAUCCCCUCACGGCCCGAUAGUUUCUGUUCUGUGUGAAGAAACAGAGUGGCUCGGACUUAGUCACAACACUGUUCCAGCACUGUAGGUCUCCAGGUUCCAGGCUGCUGGAAACAGAUGCAUUCAACCAUGAUCUUAAUGAAACAUAAAUAACAGAUUACCUUGCCAACUUGAUAUAAAAGUAUUUUACUUGUUACAGCAUGUAUAAAUGAUGGUAGAGUAUAGUUAGAGUAUAGUCGCUGUUAAAAGUUGGUUUCAACACCUAUUUAAAUACCGACAGGCUUAUUGUCACACUUGCUACAGUAGCUACUAAAAAAAAACAGAUGUAUUUUAAUAGCAUAACAAAAUAUUUAGACUAACUGCAGAACCACACUUUUGCCUUGCGUUCUUUUUCAUUUGUCCAUUGUGUUAAGGCUGUACUUCCUUACCAACUUAUGAAGGAGCACUGAGGUGUAUUUAUUUGACUGUUGAGAUCAAAUUAAAAAAGUCUUCCUCCAGAAUCGCACACCCCACUUUUAAUUAGACUUCCUCUAAAUCUUCAGUGUUUCUGCCUUCUCAGCUAACAACAAGCUUUUUCAGCUCUAGUUUAGGCUUGUAGUUACUUGACCAUUAAAAUAACCCUGAUGCAUAAGCCAAAACCCAGCCCUAAGUUGGCCUUUAGAAUAAAGGUAUUUUAGAGGAUAUAACUUUCUUAUGUUACAUUGAAUAUAGAAUAUCAAAAAUGCUUUACGGUUAAAUGUAUUACUUAUUAUUUUGUUCAUAAAUUGAUAUAACAGUAACUCACAAUGAACCCCUUCACUGCAGUGUUUCGUACUUGGACCUUUGCUCAGGGUUUUGGGGUGUCUGCUCCGUGCAGUUUGAGGAGUGUUUUAUAUUUGUUAGCUGUUACAGAGCGUCGUGAUUAUUUGCCCACUCUGCUCCUUCUGCCACUGUCUUUUUAUGACUUAAAUAGUCUCAGAAACGUUUUUUUAUAUGACAAAACCAGAAUAUUGUCCCCAGAUAUGAAGAGUGGAUUAAGUAGUAUUUAUUGAACCAACACAUGUAGUACAAAAAGAGCAGAUACAGAACAAACAAGCAGGGUUGUUGUAAUUAAUCCACUCUCCCUGGUACAUCAAGCAUCUUUCACAACCAAACACUUGACUCGCUGCUUUGCAUUUAGUUUCAAAUGAAGGGGUAGUGUCAUCCCAGCAUGCAACUCUCCACCAGCGCUGUGUUUUCCGGUCCUACAAAAGCAAAGUGGCUCGGACAAAGCUGGACAGCAGAGGAUGCCCCAUACAGAGCUAUCCCAUAAUGCUCAGCUCAAGUUAACAGCACUUGCAGGGGCACACUGCACCAAGAUAUAGGCUGUCACAUCACAUAUGCAUUACCUCAAACAGAUCGUUCUUAUCUCACAUCAGCCAAGCCAAGCCUUGUUACUGCAGACAGAAUACACACUGAACAAAGAAUUGUUUCAUAGCUUUGUUGUAUUCAACACAUGAACACAUGUCAUAAGCAAGGGGUUGUUUGCUUGGCUGAAUAUUGUUUGGGUUGGGGCUUUGAUACUGCCACUUUGUUCUGAUUUGUAUUAGCGAAACAGGAUUAGGAGGAACGGGAAAAGAAAUAUCAAAAACUUUGCGCUGAACUCAAAUCAUACUUUCAUUGUAUUUUUUUUUUUUUCUCUUUUUACUCUUGGACCCUUUGAAAUUGUAAGGAAUGUAUGACGACUACACUGGUUCAUUACCGGGCCAUAAUGCUAUGUAUCAGCUGUUGCUGGAAAAUUAUUUGGCAUUCCAUUAAAGUCUGUAAAGAAAGUAAAGAAUAGCUACUACAAGUGCUGCGCUUUAUGUCUGCCUGGACAUAUUGGAACUGUCACGCGUAAAAGUAAUCACUCAUACACUUUGGGUCAUCUCCUGGUGUUUAUUUGCUCUUUAUUCAUUCCAUCAGCGCUUUGAUCAUUGGAAAUUGCUGUCUCAUCUGCUAGCAUAAAUGCCACAUUAUUCUGUAAGAACCAGAUCUGCGGGGAAUCCAUACUGGGGGGAAAAAUGAAAGAGAUACUUGCAUUGUAAUGUUCUUCAGUGCACAAAAAUCUACAAUGCAUGCAUCAUCAGUAAUGUUCUGUUUCAUCUUUAUUUCAAUAUUUCUACG